GUAACUGUGUGGCGUGCCCGUAGAGAAAAUGGCUGCGAGCUUGCUGCUCGUCAACGCACUUGCCCGAGCAUUGCGACUCUGCUUUCCUUCCGAGCCCUUUCGUUCACCACUCCUGCCCGUCAUCUAUUCUGCUGUCCCUUCCUUCGACCGUGCUCGUUUGUUGUGCUCAGGCUUGCGGCUUUGCGUGCUCGGGCAUGUCGCAUUCGGAGUUUGGGAUGGCUUGUCGCAUGAUGAGUGCUUCGCGCAUGGUCACGGUAGUGUUUGUCCGAACGCAGACCGUCCGGUGCUUUCGCGAGCGGCGCCGACGGUCGCGCCACGGCGGGACUGUGCUUGGUGAGACGGGACAGGUUGAAGAUGGGCGA